AUGCAAGAUCAGGCAACCAAGAGGUCAAGCCGAAAUCCUUCAAGUGGAGGGAUGAGAUCCGUAGCGAUUUCUACCCCUUACAUUUUCCAUCAGCUAGAUGUCAUGGACCCUGCUAGUGUUGCUUCCUUGUUAGACUUCAUCAAGAAACAAUUUGGGAAUCUUGACAUACUGGUAAAUAAUGCAGGAGUUAUUGGAGCAAUAAUCGUUCAAGAAACUCGGGAAAAUUUAAAACUUGGUAUUGAUGAGGUCGUAGGUUCCAAGACUAAAAUGCUUAAGGAAAUUCUUAAGGAAGUUUAUGAGCAAUCAGAAGCCUGUCUAGGAACCAACUACUAUGGUGUUAAGCAUGCGAAAAAAGCACUUUUACCUCUUCUUCAGAAAUCAAAUUCAGCCAGGCUUGUUAAUGUCUCCUCUCUUAUGUCUCAUGAAAGAGCUAAGGAGGAGCUAGGAGAUGUUAAUGGGCUCACAGAGGAGAAAGUGGACGAGGUGGUGAAGGGAUUUUUGAAGGAUGUCAAAGAAUGUUUGCCGGAAAGUAAAGGUUGGCCUACAAAUUUCUCUGCUUAUAUGGUCUCUAAAGCAGCUCUUAAUGCCUACACGAGGAUUUUGGCAAACACAUAUCCCAAUAUUGCUAUAAAUGCAGUAUGUCCUGGAUUUGUGAAAACAGAUAUAAAUUAUAAUUGUGGGAUAGCGACUGUCGAAGAAAGUGCAAAAGAUCCUGUGAUUCUGGCUCUCAUGCCUGACGGUGGCACUUCAGACAUAUUUUACAGUUGUAUGGAAGUAUCAACCUUUUAA